CCCAGUCUUGACCGUAAAGCUGCACGAAAAUGUUGUUAUUACGGCUCGUGCUCAUCGUGCCGCUAGCGCAAGUAGCGCCAUUUAUGAUGCCGAGUCUGGGUGAUAUGUGGAAAAUUGCAAAGUUUGGAAUGGAAGUCGGAAGUAAGAUAAAAGCAGGUUACGAUUUCAUCGAAGGACUCAACGACGAUACCAGCGAGAGGAUCGAUAAAAUAUUGGACCAAGUGGCUGAAAUAUCUAACAAGAUAGACGGAUUCGAGUCGCGAUUGGAUCAGAGAUUGGACGUUAUAGUGGAAACUCUGGUCUCAAGGAUUACACUUAUUCAAAAACUUGACAACACUUUCCUCGAGCUGCAUAAGAUCAUUGUGGAUGUCGAUCAUCUGUGGGACAAUUACAUGAAGUACUCACAGAAUCGUGAAAAUUUUAAUAGUAACACACUCAAAUCUUUCAUCAAAUUGGCGACUGGAGACCAGCAAGGUGGUCUCCAGAAAUUGCUCAAUCAGAUGCAUCGAUUGGUUGUCCCACUCAGGACGCAACAUAUCAGGGACAGUCUGUUCCUAACUAUGCUGAAGUACGAGCGCGAGACUGAGUUGAUAACCUGUGACGAACCCAUCUCACAUCAACAGGCGAUCUACCAAAUUUAUUACAGUGUUGCUCUCACCGAAUUACGAGGCUUCGUCAUGGCUGCCUAUGCUUACGGAUUACGACCCAAAUAUGAAAAUGGAAAGUACACUGAAGAAGUGAAUUCGUUGGAGGCACGAUUCACAAUGAGGUCACGAGACUAUUUGGUGGCUACCAAAGAAGCAAUGAAGAUAGCUUCGAACCGAAUUCGCCGCUGCGAUCCUAAGGGCGGACAUAAAAAAGGAAUAUCGUUUGUGGAGAUGGACGAACUCUUCCAAACGUAUAUAAUCAAUGAAGCAGAUAUACAUCCUGACGAUUCGUGUAAAGAAACUUGCGGAUCGAUAGGGACGCAGACAUACCGCAGGAAGACAGAUAGCUACGUUAAUUACAAUUAUGAUAGGCCUUGCUGGGGUACUAUCAGAGAUUGCAGAUAUGGUGGAGGAAAAAUGACAGUCUGUGAUACGAGAUACGUAACCAACAACUCCAGACGAUAUUACUGGUUCAAAGAGGAUGAUGGCACAGUCUCAGGAGAUAAUAGUGUUGGUUGCCCUGGACAAACGAAUUGGCCGAAAGGAUGGAUCCGUGGAUUCUACAAAUGUGACUAUUGUAUUUGUACCUGUGAGGCUGAUAGAAAAUUCAGUCGCGGAAAGAGGGCUAUCAGUUUUCUUCCUUCACGAUCAGAUGCGGUCAACAACAUGGUAGUCACAGGCGUCAGAGUAGUUCAGAAAGAGAAAAUGAUUCUUAUUCAAGUUCGCGAGGGAAAACUCCAACCACAAGGAACGAUUUUGAAGGGCAGUGAUAGAUGGGUGCCGCUUCCAGAAUUUCAGUAUGCUCAGUUGGGGUCUGCAGGUGGAUAUUACCUGAUGAGAGGAGCCAAAAAGGCACUGCAAGUACAGGGAAGAGAUUUUGAGUUCUUCAAGGGUGAUAAGAAGACAGUAAAUUUAGAUGAUGUUUCGGGCCCGCCGGGUCACGUUGUCAUCGGGGUUCGAUUCCAACAGGCGAAAGAUGCAAAGAUAACGAAAGAUAAUCCUAUCCGUCUUGAGGUCUUGGCCGUACCAUUUGAUUUCGAGGAAGGAAAAGUGACGCCUUCACGGUGGAAGCCAGCUAAAUGGAUUGGUGUAGAGGACAAUAAGAAAAGGACGCAAGUUAAGUUCAACGAACCAGAUGUCCCGACCAAACAUGGACAAAAUCUGCCAACGCUAGCACCAAAUCUCUACGUGAAUUUUCAAGCAUCAGAUUUGAAGAAGGACGCAGGACAAAGUACGAUCCCAUUCUGGGAUAUACAAGACGUGAUCACAAUACCCAGUUUUGCACUCCAAGGGGUUGGUAUUUUCCACAAAGGGCACAGGGAUGGACUCUAUGGAGGUUACCUUGCGUUACGACUACUCUCUCUUGAAUUCGCCGAUAACCUCAAUACCACGGUGCCGCAAGAUUUGCAAAACGCCUAUGAGCAGAUCUAUAGAGCGCCCUUGUACACACCAACUGGUGUCCUUUGAGGUUUCAAAAAGUUAUACAAUAUAAUGUAAAGAAAUAUAUCAUGAGCAUGGAUAAUGUACGAGGGGCAAUGAAAAGUAGCAAUUAAUGCAUUCUUGAAUAAAUAAUUUCAAUUUGA